AUGCACAAAUUCACAAAGAAAGACCCUAGCCAAAUCUCCAACAUGCGACGACAGUCACCCGCAGAGGAUAUCUUACAUCAAUAUUUCGUAUCAUCAUACUUUCGCACUUCGCUCGGUUUUCCUCAACUAAAAAAGAAAUUCCGGCGUCAAGAAAAACCAAAAACAUUUUCAUCCCCAACACCAUUAACAUACACCGCUUCAGACUCAAAAGCUGUCUCGCCAGAUACAUCAAUGACGAACGCGAAACUUACUGGUGGAAACAAUCCACAAAAUAUCUUUAUACAGAACACUUUUUCGCCCUCAAUAUCACCCGACGACGUUCAAGAAAACAAGGAGGAACCACCAAACAAUGUCAAUGGAUUCUACUUCAUACGACGAUCAGAGACAAAUAAUCUGGCGCUUCAAACACCUGCUACAAAUCGUCGUAACAACACAGCAUAUCAUAUAAGUGAAGUAAUGUAUUACAACAGAAACAUGCGCAAAGAUGCUAAUGACCUCUGUAGGAAAGACUCUAUAUCAUUUGAGUCAGAUUCUUACUCUAAACGUUCGCAACCACCCGUCUCUGUACCGACUAUAGUCGUACAGCGUGCUUCUACUACAGAAUCAUUACACUCGUUAUCGUCCUAUAAUUUAUCUACGCCCAACACGGCACAUGAUGGAGAGAAUCAUAGGGGUGUGAUUGAGAAUAAGGUUAUGAAUGCUUAUGGGGAAGUCCAAAACCUGAGCGAAGGCUCAGCGAUACAGCAUUCAACGACAGACUCUAGUCAUGUUAAUAAAGAAGGGGAAAGUUCUACGACGUCUAAUGUUAUACCUAAUGCUUCCGCAAACGAUCACCCGUAUCCCGCAUAUCCUAUCUUGGAUAAUGGUCGUCAGACGUUAGAUAAAUCAUCUUCUAUUGACUAUUCCAUGCAUGAUCAAGCUACUCCUAAUAUCGAUGAGGCCAAAUACACUUUCUUGUCAUCUUUAUUCAACGAUUCUGGCUCAAAUGACCCUGCGGUAACAAAGCCAUCCUCUAAUUCAAACACGAUCCAGCCGGCAAAUACCCACUCAGGCAAUCAACUGGUAAACAACCCUUCGUACGCGCCAACUCCAAAUGAAUGGAAAUAUUCUAAUGGUCCUUAUGACGCCCAGUAUCAGUCACAUGCCGGGGGUUCUGUCAUGCAAAGACAUAACACGAAUUUAUCGAAAGAGCGCCCAGAGGAAAUUACCAUGUUUGAGGAUACUGAAGAUAUUGUCACUGAAAAUGGCAUAUUCGAUAGCUACGAUGAUGACAAUUAUAAUGAUAAUGAGACAUCUGCAUCUGCUGCACCAUUCAUACAAUAUCAGUUAACGACUUAUUCAGUUACGUCCGUAUCGAGGAGCGACGGUACCGACAAUGAUGCAAACAGCGCCAACGAAAUCAGGGAUAGCAAUAUCGGCCGCGAUAAUGAAAACAUUAACGCGCAUCCAGGAUCUUUGCCAUCAAAUACCCAACCAUUCGAACAAGGUGGCAAGACGCACCCGAAGCCUCCGCCUCCACCGAUGUCAUUAACUGAUAUAUUGAUUGCAAACGGCCAAAUAGAUGUCGCUAACCAAGCCCUUGCUGUUCGCAGAGCCAAUGCGUUUCCAGAACCAGAAUCGCCCAAAUCGCCGACACGAAAAUUUGGUUUAAACAAACUCAAAAAGAUGCCCAAAAUCUCGCAACCAGUACUUGUCUCCAGUACUUCCAAUAUCAAAACGGUUCCCAUCGUACACCUGAAUCCAGAAGAGGACUCAAAGGCCUCCUCCAACAAACUUCAAAUUGAUGCUACCGGAAUAACCAGGUCCAUAAAAAAGUUCAAAGAAGUAUUCGCACAAGAUGAACAUAAACGCACCUUGAACAUCUCGGAACCAGAAGUGUUAAUGACGCCAUCUCUAUGUAAAUACUUUUCGGAAGAAACUCUUAGAAGACGAUUUCAUAUCGAUACCCCAUUUCCAGUAUAUGGGAUGGAGCCGGCAGGUGAAAAGUCGCAAGGGCAAUUUGCGAAGGGCUUUGUUACAACUACUGCGAUUGAGCAGGGGAAGCAUAGAAUACGCGACAAACAGUUACCAGACCUACCUCAAACAUAUAAUAACACGGUACCACAAGCUAGUCGAAAUUAUUCGCUUCGUACUCCUCCUACUACACCCGUUAGCCCAAGUUUCACAAUAACCAAUGAGUCAACUUUCGGGCGUGCAUUUUCGCCGAAUCAACCCGCGUUUAGCGAAACAGACGAAAAGGAUGAUGCUCCUCGUCGGAAAACCGAGUCUACCGUUGCCUCAAAGAUCUUUUCUGCACUUAACAACUUUGCUGAUCGAAAUGCCACUACUAAAUACGAAUAUGAUCUUUCGGAUAAAGUAGAACGUCGCGUAAGCGACAAACGUGGGCAUGGCGCUAAUGCCAGUAAGGAUGGUAAGAGACGUAGGCGGUCUUUUGUUAAAAAUACGAUAAUUGUCACGCAACGUCCGGAGGAUACGCAAGAAUCACCUGAAACAGAUUCCAGUUAUGGUAAUGCAAAUAACAAUAACAGAAUCACUAUCGGUUCUCAAGGUCGUAAAUGGCUCGUGGAACAAUGCGUGACUAAAAAUACUCCUACUACCAAGACUACAAACCAAGUUGCAAUGAACACUGAAGAGAAGGAUUCUGUAGAUGACCAUCGAAUGAAGUCCACUCCCGAGAGUUUUUAUGCAGAAAGUUUGUACGAUUUGUAUCAGUAUGCCGAGGAAAGAAGAGAUUCCGCUGGAUUUUCUUCAGCGUCACCGCAAGGUCAUGACGAAACUAAUGAUAUUUGGAGAGUUGUUAACGGUCUUCGUUUGAGUUCACACGUUUCCCAGGACAAUCGUGAUGCUUACCAGAAGGAUGCUGCAAGUAUCGAUCGUGAUACAUACUAUAUGACUAAGAGGGAUGAAGAUGUCGCUAGUUUUUAUCGCAAUGACUCAUAUCGCUCUACAUUUACUCCACCGCCGCUUAGACCUGUUGUCAAGCCGCAUUCACCUGCUUCUAAUACAAUGUCAAGUGAUUAUUUUCUACCCAAACUUGGAACUCUUUACGGAUCGGGGACAACGCGAGUUUAG